AUGAAGUUCCUCGCCCCCGUUCUCUUUGCCAUUCCCGCUGUCAUGGGCCGCCACUGCAAGCUUCGUCACUCCCACUCCAGCGCCGUUUCCGUGCCCGUGAGCACCGCCGAGGCCGCAGUUACCACCGCUGUUCUCGCCCCGUCCAGUGUUGCCGCGAAGCCCGAGACUGAGUCCGCUGCCGAGGACCCGGUGACUACUGUCAUCUCCGUCUCUGCUCCCAAGACGACUCUGGCCACUGCUGUCAUUCCUUCGUCCUCCAGCUCCAAGUCCAGCGCUGCCCCGAGCUCCAGCUCGGCCGCCGCCGGCGAGUCCAGCUCCGGCAACGAGGAGCUCAGCAGCGAGGCCGUCACGGGAUCGUCCACCUUCUACGGUGGAAACCUCUCUGGUGGAAACUGCAUGUUCACUACCUACACUCUUCCCUCCAACAUCUAUGGGACUGCUUUCUCUGGAGAGAUCUGGGACAGCGCUGCCCACUGUGGUGCUUGCAUUGAGGUCACUGGCCCUACUGGCACCAUCACUGCCAUGAUUGUCGACCAGUGCCCCGAGUGCAACGCAGGCCACCUCGAUCUUUUCCCCGAUGCCUUCACGGCGGUUGGUGGCACUGACGGUAUCGUCGACACUUCAUACAAGUUUGUCAAGUGCGGCAUCACCUCGCCUCUAAUUCUACACAACAAGACGGGCACAUCUGCUUAUUGGUUCUCCAUCCAAGUAGUAAACGCCAAUGUGCCUGUCAAGAGCGUCGAGGUCAGCACCGAUGGUGGCAGCACUUGGAAGUCAACCACUCGCAAGGACUACAACUUCUUCGAGGAGUCCAGCGGUUUUGGCGUCGACACCAUGGACAUUCGUGUCACUAGCACCACUGGCGAGACCAUCAAGGUCAGCAACGUUGGCGUUACCCCUGACGCCCAGUACACUGCGGCUUCCAACUUCUAA